CGAGCUGUGUCGGUUGUCAGCGGCACCGUUUGUUGCGGCAGGGAGGGAGAGGGAGGGAGAGAAGCGAAUUGCCCAUCAUUCUCUUCGUUUCCAGGAGCGCUCGUGCGAAACGAUGAGCGAAAUCGCGAACCGGAACUGCUUCUUCCGUCACCGCGCCGAAACCGGAGUUCGGUAGCAUUUUGCCCCCACCCUCUUCCUGUUCCCGAGAUCCGAAGCCAUGGAGGGAUUGGUGGUCGCACCGGUCGCCACCAGGAGUGCUACAAGGACGAUUUCCGACUUGUGGCCGGGUGUGUUCCUUUCAAGUAUAGAAGUGCUGUCGAGAAUGGGAAUGGUGUAUGUCACGGAGAUGUUGAGAUACUGAUGAUCAAUUCUACCAGCGGACCUGGUCUUCUGUUUCCAGAGGGUGGCUGGGAAGAUGAUGAAACUGUUGAGCAGGCUGCCUCGCGUGAAGCUCUUGAGGAAGCUGGGGUUCGGGGAGAUUUAGUGCAUUUUAUCAGCUACUACGAAUUCAAGAGCAAGACACUCCAGGACGAGCUUUCUCCUAAAGGUUGGUGCAGAGCUGCCGUUUUCGCAUUGCUAGUGAAGGAGGAACUCGAGUCUUGGCCUGAGCAGAGCCCUCGCCAGAGAAGUUGGUUAACUGUUGCUGAAUAG